AUGGGAGAUUUUAAUGCGCAUCCUGGUGAAUUGUUCGAAACAGAAUUAUUAAAUUUUUGUAAUGAACAACAUUGGAGUUGUGCUGACUAUAUUAAGUUGGGCAGGUGCUCGGGUACGUUUACGUUUAUUAGUGAUGUAUGUGGAGGUAAACGCUGGUUGGACCAUUGUAUUGUGACUGAAGCAGCGUUAGGAACCGUGUGUGAUGUUGAGGUUUAUGACGAUGUGUAUUGGUCUGAUCACUUUCCGCUUGUAAUGCAUAUUAACCUGGGUGUAAUGACUACGAAUACCAUAGUAAGAUGCCAAGAAUGGGUAAGAGAUCCAGUUAUAUGGGGCACGAGAACAGUGGAGCAGAUGGAUCAUUAUUACCAGUUGUGUACAGAAAGUCUGAGUGUUAUAAAUGUUCCUUUCGAGGUCAGUCGUUGUGGUAACAGCAUAUGUUGCAAUGAAGAACAUAGGCAGGCAAUUGACAUUCUCUAUAGUAAUAUUAUUUCAGUAAUUAGAAAAGCGGCUAUUUGUAGUGGCAAACCGGGAAAGGGCACACGGAGAAAGCGUGGUGUGCCUGGCUGGAAUAGGUAUGUUAGGGACGCUCAUAGAGAGGCGAGACAGGCUUUUAUAAAUUGGAAGUUUUAUGGACAACCCCGAUACGGGCCUCUGUUUGUAAAUAUGAGACAAAAGAGUAAAUUCUUUGAGCAAAAAUUAAAAUAUUGCCAAAAUAAUGCAGAACAAAUAAAGUUAAAUAUUUUGAGUGCAGAGCAUAAGGGCAAGAAUUUUAUAAAGUUCUGGAACUUAGCUAAAAAACUUAGCCCUAAACCUUCCGUUCCUGUGAGCGUCAAUAGCUUGAGUGACCCAAAGGACAUUGCAGAUUUGUUCAAAAACCACUUUAAAAUUGAUCCAGUUCUACAAUCCCGAGUGCGAUCGGAUUGUCCUGGAAGUGCUAAGUCGGGGGUACCAGUACAUUUUUCUACGGAAGAGAUAAAACACGUUAUUAAUUCUAUGACGAGGGGUAAAUCCCCGGGUCACGAUUCGCUCAGUAUAGAACACUUCCAGUGUGCAGGUCCGCAACUCCUUAGGGUAUUGACUCUAUUGUAUAAUUUAUGUGUACAACACUCUUAUCUUCCGAGUGCAUUAAUGAGGACUAUAGUUGUACCCAUUGUAAAAAAUAAAAAUGGUGAUCUAUCUAACAAGGACAACUAUAGACCCAUUUCAUUGGCUACGAUUGCUGCGAAGGUGCUUGACGGUAUUCUUGAGAGGCGAAUAUGCAAAUAUUUUAAGUGUCACGAUGCGCAAUUUGGUUUUCAGCCAGGAUUAUCAACUGAGACUGCUAUUAUGGCUCUCAAGAAGACUGUCAGGUACUAUACCGAUCGAAGUACACCUGUUCAUGCGGCUUUCUUGGAUCUUUCCAGGGCAUUUGACCUGGUUGAUUAUAAAAUACUAUGGUCAAAAAUGCGCCGACUAGCUGUACCCGAUGAGUUGGUUAAUUUGUUUAAAUAUUGGUACGAUCAUCAAAUUAAUCAGGUCAAAUGGUCGGGAUCAUUCUCGGAGGAGUAUACCUUGGCGUGUGGGGUGAGGCAGGGGGGGCUGUCUUCUCCUGCACUCUUCAGUAUGUAUGUGGAUGAUCUAAUUGAGGGUCUUAGCAGUACCGGGAUCGGGUGCUCUAUACAUGGAACUAUAGUUAAUAGUAUAAGUUAUGCGGACGAUAUGGUGCUGUUGAGUCCGUCAAUUAGUGCACUUCGGCGGCUACUGAAGAUGUGUGAGGAAUAUGCAGAGUCUCACGGGCUCCGAUACAAUGUGAAAAAGAGUGAAGUCAUGAUGUUUCAUAGUAAUAACACCAAACUAAGAUAUAUGCCAGCGCUGUGUAUUUAUGGUACACCAUUAAAUCGGGUGUCGCGAUUUAAAUACCUCGGUCACAUUGUAUCGGAAGACUUAAGUGAUGAUUCUGAUAUAGAGAGGGAGCGAAGAGCGUUGUCGGUCCGAUAUAAUGUGUUGGCCCAUAGGUUUGCUGGGUCCUGUGGUUUAGGUACACGCAGCGGGCAUACAACGCUCUUCGCGUACAAUAUAAUAAUGGGUUUAGCAUGUUGUUUGGGCUCCCUCGAUUCUGUAGCGUAUCAAAGAUGUUUGCAGCAGCGCGGAUAG